GAGAGAGAGAGAGAGAGAGAGAGCAUAGUGGUGGGAUGAACGGAAAUUGUUUUUCCAGUAUGACUGAGACGCCAAAGGAGAACUCCACCGCGCAGUGAUGCUUUUGGAGUUGUGAGGACCGAUUUUCACCUCAAGGAAAAGUACAGCAAGGAUAACCAGUUCGGAUACUUUCAGUCUUCGCCUCUAUUGCACGGUGGCAUUUAAAACCUAAUCAAUAAGGUGGAAGGACCGAAUACGUUCAGCUGACAGAAACUGAAGAGGGGGAGGCGACGUCACUUCGAAACAAAGUUACGAAAACGUGAUGUGAAAUGUUCCGGUCAAGAACUUAAAUGCCAAUUGAUGAGCAGCGACAGCGAGGCUGGCGACGGCGCAAAAGGAAAAGAGGCUCUCCUAUCCAGGGGGACCGUUUGACGAACACGCGUCGGAGAUGUCUCUGUGGAUGAUAUUACCUGUCAGCCUACCAGCCCUGACAAUUACUGGGAUAUGGGUCGUGUAUGCCAUGGCUCUCUACAAUCAACACGUGUGCCCAGUGGAGAACUGGAUGUACAACCAGUCUUGUGAGGAGGAGUUGCCGCUGCAGAGAGGACCAACCCUCUGCUGCACACUGGACAACGUCCCACUCAUCAGUAAAUGUGGGACUCUGCCCCCGGAGAGCUGCUUCUUCAGCCUCAUCUGCAGCACGGGCUCCUUCAUGGUGAUGGUGAUAGUGCUGCUGCGCUAUGCCCAUGUGAUCGAGAAGCACCAGAACUGCGUCCUGAACACCGCCAGCCUCUCCACCGGCUGGAUCUGCGCAGCGGGACUCAUCAUUGUCGGCAACUUCCAGGUUGACAAUGCUAAGGUUCUUCACUACGUGGGUGCAGGAGUUGCCUUCCCCACCAGUAUGCUGUUCAUCACUCUGCAGUCUGCGCUGACGUACCGUCUGGCCAAGACGCAGGGGGAGUACACCGUGGGCCACAUACGCCUCCUCAUGAGCCUCAUGGCACUCAUCGCACUCGUGCUCAGUGGCGUGUUCUUCGUGCAGGAGAGCUACGCGCUGCAGCACGCCUCGGCCAUCUUCGAGUGGGUCUUCUGCUGCAUCAUCAUGCUCUUCUACGGCACGUUCGCCUUCGAGUUCGCCGGCGUCUCCAGCAGCACCCUGAUGGUGUUGGCGCAGGGGGGCAGCCUGGGGCCCGGGGGGCGCGCUCACAAGAUGGAGGGGCUGCCCGUCGGGGUCGGCAUGGGGAUGGCGAUGGGGAUGGGGAUGGGGGUGCCACACCCCAACGCCCACCAACCGGACACCAUGUCCGUGCUGUAGCCUAUAGGGCAUCCUGGGGUCUAUACUAAGAAGCUGGUUCAAGUGGAAAUCAGGUGAAGUUAAGAGGUAAAUCACCUAAUAGAAGGUGAAGUUAAGAGGUAAAUCACCUAAUAGAAGGUGAAGUUAAGAGGUAAAUCACCUAAUAGAAGGUGAAGUUAAGAGGUAAAUCACCUAAUAGAAGAGCCUGGAGUCUUAACCUGGUUUACUCCUGAACCAGCUUCUUAAUAUGCCCCUCUGUUGGAG